CGCGUCCGUCGUCAUUUGUCGAACCUCGCCCGCCCGUGACUUUCUCGUGUGGCGUCGCAGGGCCUGGGGGGGUCCGUCGGUCAGUCAUUCAAUCUGCCGUCUCUGCCGCUUUCCCCCCACCCCCGGCCUUGUCCCCGCGUCUCUGAUCUCUGAACCGGGGAGAGGGGGGCGUUGACGAACUGCCAGUAGUGCCAAAGUACGUAGUACGUUGACCUCGUACGCACUACGUCUUGCGACUGCGCCGGGCCUUGGCUGGAAGUUGAGCUGCUCCUCCUCCUCCUCUUCCACCCCAGACGUCGAUCAGGACUGGACGUGGCGGUCCAUUCCGUACCUACGCAGCCAUCAAUCAAUUCAGCCAGCCAGCCCGCCAGCCCGACCCCGGACCUGGACCUGGAGCGAGGCCAGAUAGCUCAACGGUCUGGUGGCUGCCUCCAGUCUCCUCGAGCUGUGUGGCCUGGUACAUGUACUAUCAAUCUGCUGCUGCUGCCCCGGGUAGUACAAAGUGCCAGCUCUCCUCCCACCAGUCAACCCAGACAACAAACGACGACUUGCACUGGAAAGACGUGUCCCUUAUCUGCAGCAAGUCGCGCACGCCGGAUCGACCAAACGUCUCACCCCAGCCAGCAAACUAUUCCCUCAUCACUCACAUACGCACACACACACACACACACACAUACAUAAACACUCCUCAGUAAUCGCUCUGCAUAUAUUACCUACCACGUACAAGCUCUCUGGUCUCUGCGCGCCUAUCCAUUGGCACAAGCUUUGCUGCCCCUCAAACCUUGAUCACACUUUGUCACAUCACAUUUUUCUUUUCACGGGCUUUUUUAUAUAAUUUGAUGUCGAGCUCUGUGCUGCCUCGCCUCCGUUAACUCUCUUUCCAUCAACUCUUGGAUAUCAUCCCCCGUCUCAUCAGCAGACACCCGCCCUCAGAGAAUGACAGCGGCCUCUACUCUCUACUACAAAGCCAUCACAUGGACCGAGUCAAAAUCCAGCUUGCCGGACCCUCCUCCGCCGGCGCCAUGAGCAGCAGCGGCGGCGGCAAUAAUGUCGACAACAUGAACAGCGGCGGCAUCGGCGGUGAUGAUAACAACAACAAUGCCGUCCACGCCAUGCAUCCCACCACCAGCAACACCAACAUGAGCGACCUCGGCCCCUCCAAGACGCUCGACACGCUCGACCAGGCCGUCCGCGACGCCAACGACCUCGCCGCCCUCGGGCACGCGCAGUCGCUCUCGCGCAAGUUCUCCAUCUGGUCCAUGCUCGCCCUCGCCUUCUGCGUCCUCGGCACCUGGUCCACCAUGGCGCAGGGCCUCACCAACGGCCUCACCAACGGCGGGCCCGUCGCCAUCCUCUGGGGCCUCUGCCUCGUCACCUUUUGCAACACGUGCGUCGCCGUCUCCCUCGGCGAGCUCUGCAGCAGCAUGCCCACCGCCCUCGGCCAGGCCUACUGGAUCGCCCAGCUCUGGAACACGCCCGCCGGUCGCUUCGCCAGCUACCUCUGCGCCUGGAUCAACACCUUCGGCUGGUGGACCCUCACCGCCAGCCAGAUCGCCUUCAUGACCGACUUCCUCCUCGCCAUGAAGGUCAUGUUCGACGAGGACUGGGACGGCGCCGCCAAGGGCUGGCUGCGGUUCCUCGUCUACGUCGCCAUGACGGCCGCCUUCACCCUCUUCAACCACCUCGCCUGCCGUAAGGACGCCGUCCUCCCCGUCUUCAACAAGUUUGUCGGCGUCUGGUUCGUCGCCCUCUUCUUCGCCUUUGGCCUCGCCCUGCCCAUCAGCGUCGCCACCAAGCCCGACCUGUCCUUCCAGAGGGCCAGCUUUGUCUUCGGCAAGUGGCUCAACCAGACGGGCUGGUCCGACGGCGUCACCUGGUUCCUCGGCCUCGUCCAGGGCGCCUACGGCCUCACCGCCUUCGACUCCGUCAUCCACAUGGUCGAGGAGAUCCCCGCGCCGCGCCGCAACGCCCCGCGCACCAUGUACCUGGCCGUGCUGUUUGGCGCCCUCUCGGGCUUCCUCUUCAUGAUUGUCUGCCUCUUUUGCAUCCAGGACAUUGACCGGCUCAUGGACUCGCCCACGGGCAUCCCCUUUAUCGAAAUCACCCAGUCCACCGUCGGCCCGACGGGCGCCGGCGUCCUCAUCGGCCUCUUCGUCUUCAACGGCGUCGGCCAGGGCAUCAGCGUCCUGACCUCGUCGUCGCGCCUCACCUGGAGCUUCGCCCGCGACGGCGGCAUCCCCUUUGGCGCCUACUUUGCCCACGUCGACCCCGUCUGGAAGGUCCCCGGCCGCGCCCUCUGGCUGCAGGCCGGCAUCAUCGCCCUCGUCGGCGUCCUCUACCUCUUCGCCAACACCGUCCUGCAGGCCAUCCUCAGCGUCAGCACCAUCGCCCUGACCGUCUCCUACGCCAUGCCCAUCCUGACCCUCGCCCUCGUCGGCCGCGGCAAGCUGCCCCGCGGAGAGUUCUCCCUGGGCGGCUUCGGCCCCACCGUCAACUGGAUCUCCAUCGUCUACUGCGUCGUCACCACCGUCUUCUUCUUCUUCCCCACGAACCCGAGCCCCGCCCCCAGCGACAUGAACUACGCCAUUGCCGUGUUCGGCGUCAUGAUGGUCGUCGCCGUCGGCUUCUGGUUCAUCCAGGGCCGCAAGACGUUCAUGGAGAUUAGCGAGAUGACCGAGCACAUCUUGUACGCGCAGACGGCUACCGAGGGCGAGGUGUCGACCGAGGCGGAGACUAUUGUUGUGGCGCAGGGUGCGGACUUUAAGAAGACGGGCCCUUAGUUGAGUGCGCGUCAAGGCGUGAUUCCAGGCACAGGCAGUUGAGCGGGGGAGGAAGAGUUGAAGUGCAGAGACUGAACAUAUGUAAUGAGCGGCGUUUCAUGUUCCGCCACAAGCCUUGUCCAUACAACAUGAAUUCACUAGUGUCUGCUCUCACGCGGUUCGUGUUGCUAGCCAGCACCCAUUCAUUGC